AUGAGAAGACUCAGGUUAUUAUCCCCGUAUCGGCGCCAUUUUCUCUCGUCCCUUGCUUCAGAAUCUCGAGAUUCGUUCCGGAAAUUCUUCUCCUCUCAUCAAUCGUUGUUGCUUUCACGAACUUUACUCGGUUGCGGUUUUGAUACGAAAAAUGAGGAGUUUCGAAAUCGGACGGUUCCACUGGGAUAUCGUUAUGGUCAAGCUACAGCAGCUUAUUCUUCUACUGCGGAACAGAACUAUUAUCAGGUGCUUGGUGUUUCUGAAAAUGCUAGUCAGGAUGAGAUAAAGAAGGCGUUUCGCGUGCUUGCUAAAAAGUACCAUCCAGAUGCAAAUAAGAAUAGUCCAUCGGCAAAGAGGAAGUUUCAAGAUAUAAGAGAAGCUUAUGAGACAUUGAGAGACUCUAAAAAGAGGGCAGAGUAUGACAAGAUGCGUGCUUAUUGUUCAGAGAAUAUGAAAUAUAGUAACCACAAUUAUGAUGAUGCCGAAAGGUUUAGAAAUGCCUAUCGUACUCAUUUCUCUGAUUCAUUUCAUAAUGUAUUUUCUGAGAUAUUUGAAGAAGCAACAACUCAGUUCUCGCCAAAUAUAGAGGUGGAGUUAUCACUUACUUUCUCAGAAGCCGCGAGAGGAUGCACCAAACAUGUGUCAUUUGAUGCGUCAGUUCCCUGUGAUUAUUGCUAUGGACAGGGAUAUCCAAAAAAUGCUACCCCAACAGUUUGUCCAACAUGCAGGGGCUUAGGUCGAGUUACAAUCCCACCAUUUACAUCAACAUGCAUUACUUGUAAAGGAGCUGGGCGCGUUAUUAAGGAGUUUUGUUUGUCAUGUGGAGGAUCCGGGGUUAUUGAAGGGAUUAAAGAGGUUAAAGUUACUAUACCAUCAGGUGUUGAUUCAGGAGAUACCAUCCAUGUGCCAGAAGGUGGGAAUGCUGCUGGAAAUGGUGGUCGACAUGGAAGUUUAUACAUAAAAAUAAAGGUGGUUGAGGAUCCAGUCUUUGAGAGGGAUGGUGCAGAUAUCUAUGUGGAAUCUAAUAUUAGCUUUACACAGGCUAUUCUUGGUGGCAAAGUUGAGGUGCCUACUUUAUCAGGGAAGAUGCAAAUAAAUAUACCUAAGGGUGUUCAACCAGGACAGCUGCUAGCAUUUAGAGGCAAAGGACUGCCAAAGCAUGGGUAUUUUGCAUUUCAUGGGGAUCAAUAUGUGCGUUUCCGUGUAAACUUUCCCAUUACAAUCAAUGAACGGCAACGUGCUAUACUUGAAGAAUUUGCUACGGAGGAAAUAAAGGAGGGUAGUAGUUCAAUAUUAGAAGGAAAUUGGUGGCAGCAAAUUCUUGAAUAUUCGACGAGUCCAAAGUUUAUGCUGGAACUAUCUAUGCUGUUAUUAGUCCUUGUCUUCAUUAACAAAAUGUUGAGCUGA